CCUUGUAUUACAUCAGACAAAUUAAUUAACAUGAAGUUUAGUAAGGUGAUAGUUAUUAUAGUAGCCAUCAUUUUGGGUAUUGGGAUUGAAGAAUGCCAUUGUAAGGUUGUUCAAUUCAUAUUUGGAGACUCUCUUUCGGAUGUUGGAAACAACAUGCAUCUCUCUAGAAGCCUAGCUCAGGCAAGUUUGCCUUGGUAUGGUAUAGACAUGGGUAAUGGGUUACCUAAUGGUAGGUUCUCUAAUGGACGCACAGUUGCUGACAUAAUAGGUGACAGUUUAGGCCUACCUAGGCCCCCUCCAGUCCUUGACACAUCUUUAACCGAGAAAGAUAUACUAAUAAAUGGAUUGAACUAUGCUUCUGGUGGUGGCGGUAUCUUGAAUGAAACUGGCACCUAUUUUAUCCAAAAAUUAUCACUAGACAAACAAAUUGAGUUGUUUCAAGGGACACAAAAACUGAUUAGAAGCAAAAUUGGAAAAAGGGCUGCAGACAAGUUUUUUAGAGAAGCUCAAUAUGUUGUUGCUUUAGGUAGCAAUGACUUUAUCAACAACUAUUUGAUGCCUCUUUACACUGAUUCAUGGACAUACAAUGAUGAAACCUUCAUGGAUUACUUGAUAGGAACACUAAGAAGACAACUAAAGCUACUACAUAGUUUAGGAGCAAGGCAAUUGCAGCUUUUUGGGCUGGGUCCAAUGGGAUGCAUUCCACUUCAAAGGGUACUUACUACAACAGGAAAUUGUCGAGAAAGUGUAAACAAACUGGCUCUUAGCUUUAAUAAAGCUUCAAGUGAACUAAUAGAUGACUUGGUGAAGCAACUUCCUAACUCAAAUUAUAGAUUUGGAGAUGCAUAUGAUGUUGUCUCUGAUUUGAUUAGCAAUCCACUUAAGUACGGAUUCCAAAACUCAGAUUCACCCUGUUGUUCCUUUGGGAGAAUUAGACCAGCACUUACAUGUGUACCUGCAUCAACGCUAUGCUCAGACAGAAGCAAAUAUGUGUUUUGGGACGAGUAUCAUCCCUCAGACAGUGCUAAUGAGCUCAUUGCAAAUGAACUUAUUAAGAAAUUUGGAUUUUUACGUGACGGUCAAAAUGCUGCUCCUUCACCAGCACCUGCUGCUAUUGCUCCAUCUCCAGAAGAUUAAUCAUAAAAUUUUCUUGCCUAAUGCUGGAUUUGCAUGUCAUUUGUGGAAACUAUUUUCUCUGUUUUAUUAAUUCCAUGUGGAUUAGUCAGUUACACCUAAUUUCUUUUCAUGUUUUGAACGUGGCUUUAUGAUUAAUAUUACAUGAUAUUUCCUUUUGUUCUGCA